AUGGCGGGAGAGGAGCAGCCCCUGACGGAGUACGAGAAGCAGCGACUGGCGCGGAUACGGGAGAACGAGGCCCGCCUCCAGGCCCUCGGCAUCCGCCGCCUAGCGGCGUCCCCCAUCCUCAACCAGCCGUCCUCCGCGGCGGCGGCGGCGGCCACCAAGAGAAAACAGAAGAAACGAUCCGACGAUGCGGACGACGAGUACCUCCCGUCGGACGGGGGUGGCGGCGAGGAAGAGGAGGAGGAGGAGGACAGCUCGUCGGCCGGUGACCAAGACUCCGAGGAGGAGUUCAAGGCUUCCUCUAGGUCUAACCAAAAGGGAAAGGCAAAGAAGAAAAUGAACUUGGGAAGCUCUUCUAAAAGUACCGUUAGAGAAGAAGGUGCUCCGUUCACCGAUUUUAUGGAUGACGAUGCAGCCUUACAACAGGCGAUUGCGCUCUCCCUGGCAGAACCUUCAAAAAGUUCCGUGACAACAACAACAGACCCUUUAGAAAGUUCCGUGACGACAACAACAGUUGCAGAAACUUCGAGCAGAGGAGCCAAAGGACGAAAAAGCACACCGUGCAAAGAUGACAAUACCACACCUGUUAAGGAUUCCUCUAAAAAUAGGAAGGCAAAGAAGCAGGUUAGGAGCAGAAUUCAACUGUCGGAAGAUGAUGUGGUGGCAAUAUUCUUCUCAUUUGAUGAAGCUGGAAAAGGAUACAUUGCACCCUGGGAUCUUGAAAAAAUGGCCAAUAUAAAUGAUUUCAUCUGGACAGAUUUUGAGCUAUCUAAGAUGAUCCGUUGCUUUGAUAGUGACAAAGAUGGAAAGAUAAGCCUUGAGGAAUUCCGCACCAUUGUGUCCCGAUGCAACAUGUUGCAAGAGCCAGGGGAGUGA